AUGUCUUUGAUAGGUUGUCAGCUGGACGAGCCGCAAUUUGUGGUAAACCAACUUCCUACAUUGGUAAAGUUCUUGAAUGCCGUCAAGAAUGAUCCUUCCUUGAUACAAAAGAAGGCAACUUCUAAAAAACGAACAAUUGCCGAUAUACUAAGAGAACAUCAUGAAUAUUAUGGAAUCAGACCGAAAAAGGAGCUUGUAUCCGAUACGGUUCGCAUAGACCUUGCUGAGAGAUACAUGUUUCUUGCAGAAAGUACUUUGUUAGGUGAGUUCUCAAAGAUCAUUGAUUCAGAUAAUUUUAAUCGACUUCAAUCACUAUACCAUUCGGAUCAAGAUCCGGUCGAGCUGCCCCAGUUUGAGGUCGGACUUAAACUCCAGGACCAAGUAGUGGAAGUGUGGACAAAUCCAAAAGGAAAACACAAGUCCUUGUUACUAUUCAAGCUGCAGGUGGACCGACAGUAUCUUCCAUUCCUUUCGGCACAGCUGAAUUUGGCAAAGAAGGCUCACAAAUUGGACACAAUCAAGUUGGACAAGCCAGCAUUAAACCUAACGUUAAGUCUCGAUAGACAGAUCAACAAGCUAACGUUGGAAUUUCGGAUAGCAUUCAAGAUCGAGUUAAAAGAAGUGGUAGACUACAAAUAUCCAUUAGACACAAUCAAGAAGAUCAAAGAGGUUUCUCUUUUUGUGUUCACUCCGGAGCUGACGGACUACCAAAUGGCCCAUUCUUCCAAGUCAUUUCCGAAACCGUCGGAGUCAUCAUUUUACGAUCUUGUCACAUCAAAUACAGAAAAACUCAAAUACGGAGACACGCAGAUCAAAAUAUCCAGUAUUCGCAAAACUCUGAUGAAGUUUCAACAACAAACCCUACAAUGGAUGCUCAACCACGAAGGUGUGAGGUUUAUUGAAGGUACCGAUACCAUUGAGCGAGUUCCCGAUCAAGCUUAUGACGCUAAAAACCUUGAUCUGAUAUCUGAGUCGCUGGACUUGGUUACAUUUGGCUGGUCGUGCGUCCAGUCUCUUGCAUCUGGAAAUUAUUACUGGUACAAUUCGUACACAGGGAACAUAUGUUCCACUCAGACCGCUAUUGACUAUUUGACCCAAUUUAAUCGAUACCCCAAGCAUGCAAAAGCGCUUCUUUCUGAAGAGAUGGGUCUUGGAAAAACAGUUGAAGUCAUUUCUCUUAUUUCCGUGAAUCCAAGACCCGAACCAUUUGGUAUUCAAAAGAUGGACAUCUUCAAUGGAGGUAGAAUAGUCACGGAGUCCAAAACCACCUUAAUCAUCUGCCCCCAGUCGAUCAUUGGCCAGUGGAGGCAGGAGAUUGAAGACGUUUCUUCAUCUCUGAAGAUAAUGGUUUAUGAAGGAAUAUACAACUAUGAGAAAGAAGCAGAAAGCUCAAAUUCCACAUUGACUCCUUCAGAUAUGGCAGCAAAAAUUAGAGAGCAUGAUAUUGUUUUGGUUUCGUAUCACACAGUUUCGCGGGAACUGCACCGGGCAAUAUUCAAGCCCGUUUCCAGACCUACCCGUAAAUGUGCCAAGAGACUGAAAUUGAAUUCAGGAGUUAUGGAAUUGAAGGAAGAGUCAGCAGUCAAGGUUGAACAAGAUGACUUCGAUUUUGAACACACUGAGUACGAAAGAAUUGAUUAUUCUUCACCUUUGAUGCUUGUUGAAUUUUGGAGAGUUGUUUUGGAUGAGGUGCAAAUGACAGCCAGCAUGACCGCAAACGCCUCGAAAUUUGCAAGAAUCAUUCCUCGUGUGCAUUCCUGGGGUGUUUCUGGUACACUAAUUAAGAAUAAUCUUAACGAUCUUCACUCGUUGUUGAGUUUCUUAAGGUUGAAUCCGAUUGAUCUUUACUCUGGCACAAGUGGCAUAUCUCCCUGGGUGAGUAUUGUCACUGAAGCUCCAUAUUACCAAUUUCAAAGACUUUUCAGCAAGAUCUGUUUGCGGCAUACAAAAAAAAUGGUGGCAGAUCAGAUCAAGCUACCUCAACAGACAAGAAUAUUGUUGAGAAUGCCGUUCACAGCUAUUGAGCGCGACAAUUAUGAUAAUCUAUUUUCCAACUUCUUGCGCCAGGUUGGGCUGAAUGAGCAAGGUGAACCGGUCGUUGAGGACUACGAGCCGGCAAAGUAUUACACCUACAUGCGUCAAUGGCUGAUCAGGUUGCGCCAAGUUUGUUGCCACGCACAGCUCGGUACAGGACCGGGUAGCAGAAGGAGAUUUGGUGGCAUAUUCUUCGGCGAUGACAAUGGACAAGACAAGUUUGGCAUGAUUUUGGGAACAUUGGACGAUGUUCUAGCUAAUCUCAAGAAAGUCACUUUUGAUGAUUGUAUUUCCGGAGAGAGAAACAUUUACGGUCUACAAUUACGGCGUGGAAAGAUUUACGAGUUCUUGAGACUUCCUCAGGAGUCGUUGAAGAUCUUUGAGGAAAUCAUGGCUGACAUCGAGGCAAAGGUUGAGGAGCUACGAAACGCUGGAGAAGAGAAUCUGCCAAAGUUGCGUUCAUGGUUGGAAUUACUCUAUCAGACCUAUUUCCUGUAUGCAUCUGCACACUAUCAGCACUACAGACCAAUGAGACCAAUGCCAACGGGGUUUGAUGAGAAGGGACAUAUACCCGAGGAUGAUGAAGAAGUUCUCAAGCCGGUUGAGGAAGUGGAUGUGGAUACACUCACCCCCAAUGAGAAAAAGCAUUACGAAAUUGAAAAUGAGUAUUACCGCAGAGCAGACGACCUUCUGACGCAAAUCUUGCAGGACCCUAUCUCGAAGGUGAACGAAGCUAUUGCUAAGCUCGUUGAGAGAUUUGGAAGUAUAGAAAGCUACAAAUUCCCAACUUCGAGUGUGAAGAAGAACAAUUCCGAGCUCUUAAAGGAAGCUGGUAUUGAAAGUUCGGUAAAUUUAUGGAGAGCAUGUAUCCCAUUUGAUGUGGAUGUGAAGGAGAAUUACGCUCAUUCGAUACAGGCGCAAAUGAUCUUUGAACGGUUAGUGAAAACGAAAGCAGAUAUUAAUCUCCAAGGGCAUAUGAUUAAUACAUGGGUUGCAAAACUGGUGGAAUUAUUGAAAGAGCCGGUUGUGAAGGAUGAAGAGAUUCAGAAUACUGGUGAGGAAUAUGGUGUUUCGUUAAUCAAUCAAGAACUCGCACAUACUUAUCUGGAGGAAUUGCAACUGAUUCUGGAGGAUCGUGAAAACGCCAUGAUUUCAACAGACGAUUCUGCCCAGAAGAAAAGCAAGUCAUCAAAGGAAAAAGUGCUUGUUAAUGUCAACCAGCCUACGAAUUACGACUUGCAUGUGCAUCUUGACAAGAUUCGAAGAAAAGUUAUUCCUGAAGGUUGUUAUAACGCUAAGUUUUGUCUCCGUGCGAUCCUGGUUGAGUUUCAAAACCUUGUUGCCGACUUGGCCAGACAUGAUGAGCAAGGCAACGCCAAGUCCAGCGACUACGAGUUUAUGAGUUCCGUUGCCAGUGACGUCAAGAAGGAGUUUGAUUUGCAAAGGGUGAACAUCAACCAAUUGAGAACAAAGCUCUUUGACACGUUGAACGAUACAUUCAACGCUAAAAUCAGUUACUUCAAGUCACUUCAAAUCAAAUCGGAUAUUGUUGCAAACUAUCUGCCUGUUAGACCUGCGUUCUCGCCUGAAAUGACCCCGAAUGAAAAAGCGCAGCAAGAUCUUCACACGCUUCAAAUGGAAAUCAAGUCAUUGGAGGACUCUGUUAGAUCAAGCAAAGUCAGAUUGACAUAUUUGAACAGUCUUAUUGGCGAUACAGGUGGUGACGAAGAUCUUGAAACGAAAAAGGAGAAAACAUGUGUUAUCUGUCGAUCAUCAAUUGUUCUAGGCACUCUGACUUCUUGCGGCCACCAAUUCUGCAAAGAUUGUUUGGGCGAGUGGAUGGGAGUCCAUCCAACUUGUCCGAUGUGCAAAAAGCGGUUGUUUGCGUCAGACUUGUACUCUUUCACUCUGACGAGAAAGGAGCUCAAGGGAGGGAUGAUCUCGGAGUCGCAAGAUCCACCGGAUUCGAAAUCGUCGGCCGAGGUAGAUCGAGACCUGUCGAAGCUCUACAAGUCGUUGAAUCCAGCGAUGUUGAAAGAGAUCUCCUCCAUCGAGUUGAAGAAGAAUUACGGUUCCAAAGUGGAUAUGAUUGUUCGUCAAAUUCUCUAUUUGAAACAGAUGGAACAGGAUGUUCAGAUAAUCGUCUAUUCGCAAUGGACAGAGUUUCUCAAGUUUCUUGGCAGAGCAUUGCGUCAAAAUGGAAUCAGCUUCCUUUCAUCUUCUGACGUUGCCCACGAGAACCCAAACACGAAACGUGGGAGAACCACUUUUGGUAGCAAAGAAAUUGAGAAGUUCAAGAAAGACCCAAGAAUCACGUGUUUUCUGCUGAACGCGAAAGCUCAAGCAGCGGGAUUGACACUCACAAACGCCUCGCACGUGUUUCUGUGUGAGCCCCUAGUGAACUUGCCGUUGGAAUUACAGGCCAUCAGCAGAAUUCACAGAAUCGGACAGUUGAAAGAGACCAAGGUUUGGAACUUUGUGAUUGAGAACUCUGUUGAGGAGUCCAUCGCCAUUUUGUCCACCGCGAAACGAAUGGAGCUUGUGCGGAAACGGACUGCCUCACAGUCUAACAUCGACGAGGUUGACGAUGACCUUGUUGAUUCCACAGAGCUCACAAAGACACUAAACGGUCUGGUUGACAAGAAAGUCAGCGGAGGUGAAGUAGUGUCAAACGACGAGCUCUGGGCCAGUUUCUUUGCCUCAAAGUCGGGCACCGUGAUGGACUCUGUCGUGGCAUGA